UUAGCCACCAAUCUUAUAACCGUUGUCUAUGAACCUUCUUCGUACCUCGUAGGAACCUCACUAGGAAAUUUAAUUGCUUCGUAAUAUAAUAAAUGUACGAACGCGAUGGGAGGGAAUUUCAGUUCAUCAUCAUCCAUGGAUGCAAAUAAUUCUAGUGCAAACAUGUUUGAUGGAAGUUUUACACCACUACUAAACUCACCUGAUAGUGAUGAUCAUUUCUCAAACAACUUGAUUAACUUUGAGCUUUCUGAUAUUUUCGAGAUAGAUAAUUGGCCUGUUCAACAACCUGAUCCAACUCUUGUACCUCACUACUCAAAUUAUGCAGCAAAUCAAGUGGUUAACACUAGGAGUAGUACUACUUAUCAUGAGGAACCUAGCAACAACGUUGGCAGCAGCAGCGAGAGGAGAGAAGUGAAGGACAAGGUUGCUUUCAGAACGUUGUCCCAAAUUGAAAUACUAGACGAUGGAUACAAGUGGAGAAAGUAUGGAAAGAAGAUGGUGAAAAAUAGUCCAAAUCCGAGGAAUUACUAUAGGUGCUCCGUGGAAGGUUGUCCGGUCAAGAAGAGAGUUGAACGAGACAAGGAGGAUUCUCGGUAUGUGAUAACCACCUACGAGGGUGUCCACAACCAUCAAGGUCCAUCCCUGUUCUGAUCGAUGAAGAAGACAUCAGUUUAAAGUUACUGAGUGCUGUAGCUUAGCUAAAUCAGGCCAGUAAAUUGGAUCCCCUAAACUGUUUCCAGCUUGACUGGGGUCAGAUGCAGGCGUCUAUCUGUAACUCAAAAUGUAACAAUUAGAAUAUUUCAGUUGCCAUGUACUCUUGUCCUGCUUCCAACAGGAUUUUAUAUAUAUAAGCUACUGUAUGAGGCUA